GUGUCGACCUGUUCCACGGUGCCAUCAGGGUUCACUUUCCUCAUCCCGGUGCUCUCAGGGAAUGCUGGUCGCCAGUGGGCGCGGAAGCGGACAGUUCUACUCUCUGAGUCUCAUUAUGAGUUUGAGGUGAAAUGUAAUCUCCCAGAGGUUGCUCCGGUAGCUCGUUUGGUAUCGAAGUGCCGGAAUAUGGAGCAUUUGGUCUCCCUUCUCCAGAUGCAAUGGACGAUCGCUUAGCGCCUCUGCCAAGAGGUGUUCUGCUCGCUAGCUCGGCCUUUAAAUGCUCAGCAGCAGUCAUGUUUGCUAGCCUUAUCGCUCGUCUGUUGUUAACAACAUCGGCGUUAGAACCACUCAGCGCCUUAACACCUCGCUCCGAGUGGGACGCACUGGAUGAAAAAGAAGAUGAUUCACUCUUUGAAGUGGGAUGCAUAUCGAACGAUGGACGAGGGGGCAGCGAAUGGUGCAUCGGGAAAGUGUUAGAUGAGUCAGCAACUGCAACUGGGACAUGAGGGGUGGUUUGUAUGGUAGAGCCUGAAACGGAGUGGGAGUUGCU